CGCCCGGCUCCGCGGAGCGAGCGCAGCGGCGGCGGCAGCGGGGUCUAGGCUGGGGAGGCGGCGGCGUCCCCGAGAGGCGGCGGAGAGGAAAGGGAAGAGGAGGAGGAGAAGGGGGCCGCCAGGCACCCCCUCCUCACACCGGGCGGACCGAGGGUGGAGGGAGCCCCCGGCCCGGGGCGCGGCAGGAGCCAGACUUGGAUGGCUUCAAGGAUAUUUCAGAAUGACUCGGGCCAGCUGAGGAGACCCGGAGCCCAACCGUUUGCCUGGUGUAGCCCGCCUCGUUCCCCCCCGUCUGGCAGCGCCUUUUGCCAGAAAGGAAGAUGUGAUCACUCGUGACGGGGUUUGUCCAUGAAGCCCGGCCCGGCCCCCAGGGAGCAGCUGCGGCCAUGCCUUCCCCGUCCUGAGCGCCCCCUCCUCCUGCGUGCCCACCUGCAUGGUGUGGGUGCCCCUGGGCCAUCUGAGGACACACCGCCUGACCGUACUACGCCCGUCUAACAACAACUGCCCCAAGAUGUCGGUGGCCUGGCUGCUGGACUGGUCCUGGUCGCUGGACGGCCUCCGGGACUGCAUCGCUACGGGCAUCCAGUCCGUGCGGGACUGUGACACGACAGCGCUGACCACGGUGGCCUGCCUGCUGGUCCUGUUCGUGUGGUACUGUUACCACGUGGGCCGGGAGCAGCCCCGGCCCUACGUCACCGUGAACUCCCUCAUGCAGGGCGCCGACGUCAACGGGCUGCAGAACGGCUACGUGUACUGCCAGUCCCCCGAGUGCGUGCGCUGCACCCACAACGACGGCCUGAACCAGAAGCUCUACCACAACCUGCAGGAGUACGCCAAGCGCUACUCCUGGUCCGGCAUGGGCCGGAUCCACAAGGGCAUCCGGGAGCAGGGACGCUACUUGAACAGCCGGCCGUCCAUCCAGAAGCCGGAGGUCUUCUUCCUCCCAGACUUACCCACCACGCCCUACUUCUCCCGCGACGCCCAGAAACACGACGUGGAGCUGCUGGAGCGCAACUUCCAGACCAUCCUGUGUGAAUUUGAGACUCUCUACAAAGCCUUCUCCAACUGCAGCCUCCCGCAAGGCUGGAAAAUGAACAGCACCCCGAGCGGGGAGUGGUUCACCUUUUACUUGGUGAACCAGGGGGUGUGUGUCCCCCGGAACUGCAGAAAAUGCCCACGGACGUACCGUUUGCUUGGAAGCCUCCGCACCUGCAUUGGGAACAAUGUCUUUGGGAACGCGUGCAUCUCAGUACUGAGCCCCGGCACGGUCAUCACCGAGCACUAUGGGCCCACCAACAUCCGCAUCCGGUGCCAUCUCGGUCUGAAGACCCCCAGUGGCUGCGAGCUGGUGGUGGGAGGAGAGCCUCAGUGCUGGGCGGAGGGCCGCUGCCUCCUCUUUGACGACUCCUUUCUGCACACCGCAUUCCACGAAGGUUCGGCAGAAGAAGGGCCACGCGUGGUUUUCAUGGUCGAUCUGUGGCACCCGAACGUGGCGGCAGCCGAGCGCCAGGCCCUUGAUUUUAUUUUUGCUCCCGGACGAUGAGUGCCUCUCUGUGCUGGCGUGGGUGAGAGGGACAGAGGCCUGGCCUGGGAAGGCUCCGGCACCGCGUGCCCCUGGCAGAGGAGGCCUUGCCAUGGACACAAACCUGCCUCAGCAGGAAGCUUUCCUUUGGGAUCAAUGCCAUGCUGGAUCUCUCCUUAGUUUGGUUAUUGUAAAUGGAAGUUUCCAGCUUGUAUUUCCUUAGAUUUGUUGGGUUCCCCCCAGUCCUCUGCUUCCGGGCUUUCUUUUGGGCACAGCCGUGCGUUCUCUCCCCUCCGUGGCUCUAGUGCAGUCCCCCCGUUGUGUUACGUUGCUCCUGUGUUUCGCAGUGUUAAGAUUCAGAGCAACCACGAGGUUGUUUGUUGAAUGUCAUCCUGUGAAAAUUCUUGUGGUCACCUUAAAAACAAACCAGAAAGAGAUGAGAACUCAGAGCAGCCGCGGGGCUGCCGGGCUCGGCUCCUGCUGCUGCUCCGACCGCGGCGGCCCCUUCGCCUGCCCGGGGCCAGAGGGACGCGGCCCCCCACGCCGGCCCCCUCUGGCCGCCUUCCCGGGGUUCCGAGGCUGCUGAGCGCAGCGCGUCGGCAGCUUCGGGACCUGGGGAAGCGGCGCCCCUCUGCACCCUCCUAGUGCUGCUCAUGGCAAAGGGCAUUCAGGCCGGUGGCGCUCGAGACUUUUUAGACAUCCCUUUCCUACAGAGCUAAAGCUGGUCCCCGUGGGCCCACUCCUGGCUUCCCGAGGCCCAGGCCCAAAGGGCGGGAUUCUCUUACCUCACUGCCUCCAGAAGCCCCACUGCCAAACCGGGCACCAAGUAUCCCCGAGCGAGUUCUUUCCAGCCAGGUUAGCUGAAAGGAGUCGCCGGGUCAUGGAAAUCCUGGGGAAACCUUUAACGAAACUGGAAUCUGCCACUCGGCCGAAGUCUCCUUCCGCUUUGGGGUCCCGUCGCCUCCGAUUCUCGUCCCUUGUCCGUUGCGUAAAUGUUUGCUCUCUGGACGUGGCGUGGCCCCCGUGGGCGGCCCAGACCCGGGCCGGGCCGCUCAGAGUCGUCACUGCCAAAGGACGCAGACUGACCCCCAGAGCCUCUCCCAGAAGCUCCAGCCUUCUCGGAAGGAUGUUCAGUCUGCGUCUGGAUGAAAGGACCGGAGGCCAGUCUGGCAGGGACAGGCUCAGUGUCGUGAGGAAAGUCUCCUGUUGAGGGAAGCCGUGGUCACCAGCCGCCCUAAAUGCCUUUAUUAAAGAGCGUGUCCUAGUCAGGGUAGACGGGGAAGGAGCUAUGGUCUGGCACAGAACAAGCGAGGCGCAUUAUCCACUAGAAAAAGCACGCCAGGGUCGGACCCCAAUGGGAACAUUCAGGGAAUGGGAAGAACACAUAGAGCAGAGAAGAGACCCCUAAAGGCCCUUGCAUUAGUCACUAGCCAACGUGUAAAGAGUGUUUCUCUAGAAGAAAAAAUGUCUAUGCUUUUUUUCAAUAAUUAGAUGGUGGGAAAAGGCAGAAAUUUCAAAUACACCUUAAGUAUUUUUACACCUAAGACCAACUGAGGUGCAUGAUUUCUACACACAUUGAAUACUCUGACAUGAGUUGACAAAGCCAACAGUACUUAUGGGUACCUGGUUACCUGAAGUCACGUGGAGUGGAUAUGGAACAGGAGGUUAAUAAAGGACUUUGCUGAAAAUGA